UUCAUUUUCAGCUGUCUGAAACGUCUUCUUCUCUUUGCCAGCAGAAAACGGAAGCUGCCUGAAACCCUAAUUUCCUACUUUUACUUCAGCGAAGAAGAAGAAGAGCUCAGUCAUUCACUGAUUUUUUGCUGCAAUCACUUUACGUUUUAAUGGCUUUCUCCAUUAGAAACUCCCAUCGAAUGCUUUCCUUCAUCCUGGAGCAACGUCCUUCGCUUAUUGCACUCCGUCUAUUUUGCGACCACUCUUCAUCUCAAGAAUUGGAAUUUGUCAAUGAACCUCUUCCUCUCCCAUCCCUUCAACCUUCCAAUGAUGCAGAAAUGGUCUCGCUAAUCCUUCUUCAACACCAUAACCCAUUUCACACAAUGGAAUCAUCUCUUCAACUAAACGGCCUUACAAUCUCCCCUCUCUUAGUACAACAAGUCUUGAUUCGACUCAGAAACGUCUCCAAGGUUGCAUUCGCUUUUUUCUCUUGGGCCAAAUCACAAGCCAAUUAUCGCCACGACGCCAUUGCUUACGAACUCAUGAUUGAUAUUCUCGGUAAAGUCCAACAAUUCGAUGUUGCAUGGCAACUAAUUAUUGAGAUGGAUCAACAAAACGUGAAACCCACCUCAAUUGUCUUCAGGGUUUUGAUUCGCAGGUUAGUUUCAUCUGGCUUGACUCGUCAAUCCAUUAGUGCAUUUGAUGACAUGAAGUAUUUUCUUGAGAAGGAACCAAAUGAAGACGACUUUUGUUAUCUACUCGACACACUUUGUAAGUAUGGGCAUGUGAAAGUAGCAACACAGGUUUUUAACGAAAGAAAACAUCAAUUUUCGCUCGAUGUGAAGCUUUACACAGUUAUGAUUUAUGGUUGGUGUAAGCUAAAUCGUAUACAAAUAGCUAACAGCUUCUUCAAGGAGAUGAUGGAUAAUGGGAUUGAGCCAAGCGUUGUUACAUACAACGUUCUGCUAAAUGGUAUUUGUAGGAAGUCAAGUUUACAUCCAGACAAUAGGUUUGAGUCUACCAUUCGAGCAGCAGAUAAGCUGCUCGAUGAAAUGCAAGCUAGAGGGAUUGAACCGGAUGUGACGAGUUAUUCGAUAGUUCUUCAUGUUUAUAGCCGCGCGCACAAACCUGAUUUAGUUCUCGAUAAGUUGGAGAUGAUGAAAGAUAAAGGGAUAUGGCCUACAGUCGCGACUUAUACUUCGGUUGUGAAAUGCCUUUGUUCAUGUGAUAGACUUGAAGAUGCUGUGAAAUUGGUUGAAGAGAUGGUUUCGAAUGGUGUAAGUCCAUCUGCUGCGACUUACAAUUGCUUCUUUAAGGAGUAUCGUGGAAGGAAAGAUGUGAAAAAUGCUUUGAAGCUAUACAGGGAGAUUCAAGGAGAAAAGAAAUGCUUGCUUAGUUCACACACUUAUAAUAUUUUAGUGGAUAUGUUUGUGAAAUUGAAUGAAAUGAAGGUUGUAAAGGAAUUGUGGGAUGAUAUGAAGAGUAUUGGCUCUGGGCCUGAUUUGGAUUCCUACACUUUGUUGAUUCAUGCAUUGUGUAAGCAUCAGAUGUGGAAAGAAGCUUGUCAAUAUUUUGUAGAGAUGAUAGAAAAGGGAUUUCUUCCUCAGAAGAUCACAUUUGAAACACUUUAUAAGGGUUUGAUACAGUCGAAUAUGUUGAGAACUUGGAGAAGAUUGAAAAAGAAGCUCGAAGAAGAGUCCAUGACAUUUGGGUCAGAAUACGAACAAUAUCACUUCAAGCCAUAUAGAAGAUAGAUAAGCUUCAGUGGUUGAUCGUCGUAAUGACUACUGUUUGAGGAGAUGCAGAGGAUGCUGCUCUCUUCUCUCCCUACGAAAAAUAUACUGAAGUGGAAGAUGACAAUGGGGGUGAGUAAUCCGAAAAGUUUAGGUAUGGAAAAACUAGUAAGGACUUUUAAUAUUAUUAUUAAUGGCAUAAUAUUUGCUCAUUUGGAAGCACUUUCUGAAGAUUGGAGAUGAAGUUUCUUGUUCAUUGGUUUAGAUGAUAUAAGGUUUUAGAUAUAUUCAUAAAUUUGUUGAAGUUUACUAGUUCAAAACCAGACCUAAACCUCCUGAAAAUGUUUCCAAAUGGGCAGUUGUGUCAACUAUUUCAACUCUUUUAAGAGGAUAUUGAUAUUUCAAGUUUUAUUAUGUGUAGGUGGAGACUAAUAAUCACUAUCAUCAAUGAGUCCUAGUAAUUCAGAUUUACACAGCUUGUUUUUCUGCCCUGGACUCAAAAUCCAGCAAUAUGAUAUUCAUUGCCCUCGAUUUCCCCUCCUCCAUCGAGAACCGUCAGGUGGAGAAGCAAAACUCGCAAGAGUAGCCAAUAAGAUUAUAUAUUGUUUUUUGUCUGGUUUUGAAUGUGGAUGAGAUCACGUUUCGAAAUUAAAUUUAGUUUGAUACAGAUUCAAUAGAAUAUUGGUUGUUUCUGAUUCGAAUUCAAAUAUGAAUUCAGGGGAAAAUAAAGUUUUCCAAAUAGAACAAUUAUUAUCAUGCUUAUUCUUGCUAGCUAGAUUGAAGACAACAACACUGCUUUAAUGAUAAUUCACAUAAAUCAAA